GCGCAGUACAGUCUCACUCCAUCAGCAGAGAGACAGAUAUCACGAACAUCAGCGUUUUCUGCACAUUUAUAUGGAUAUAAUAUAUAUAUACAGCGAUCCAAAGGAAUCGGCUAUUCUUAUUUGUUUGUUUUUUAAACAGAUGUAUUUAUUUGUAAGUUAAUUGCACCAACGCUACCAAAGGGCAAUCAAAGAGAAUGUCGUUUGAAGAUUAUUUUUUAGGAUUUCUAAUGUCGUAUUUUGGACUGUGAUUACAUUAUAAGCAAGAGUCCGGAUGCAAAUCUCCAUGGCCAAUAAUUUGCGCAAACUCCGCUAAUCAGAACUGCACGCAUCAUUCACCUGCAUACACCCGAAUACAGAAUAACAGGAGGAAACCCAUCAGUGACCGUAUAGAAGACAUAACUGAAGUUUUUGCACAGCUCAAUGAUGGAGCAGAUCAGCGAUUGGUUCUGGAAUCAGGAAUACUGGCUUCCUCCUGGGAUCAGCUGGGAAGAUAUGGAAAAGAUGGAGGGACCUUGGAGGCCUCUCCCACGGGAUCUGCUCAUCUCUCUGCCAAUAGCUCUGGGAUUCAUCAUGCUUCGUUAUGUGUUUGAGAGAGGUGUAGCACUUCCUCUAAGCAAAGCUUUAGGGGUGAAAGAUCGAGUUUGUUUGAAAGUCACUCCUGCCCCAACUCUGGAGGCCUUUUACACUAAAAACAGCAGACAACCGGCACAGAAUGAGAUCGCCAGCCUCGUGAAACAAAGCAGCUUGACUCAUAGACAGGUGGAGACCUGGUUCCGUAAUCGUAGAAACCAGGAUCGGCCGAGCAACAGUAAGAAGUUCUGUGAGGCCAGCUGGAGAUUUGUGUUCUACCUGGUUGCUUUUACCACGGGACUUGCUUCUUUAAUUAACACGUCGUGGUUCUGGGAUCAGAGAAACUGCUGGAGGGGAUAUCCUCAACAGCCUGUGCAGGAUGUUCAUUACUGGUACUACAUGCUUGAGCUGGGCUUCUACUGGUCACUUCUGCUCUGUGUGUCUGUGGACAUCAAGAGAAAAGAUUUCAAAGAACAGAUCGUCCAUCACUUUGCCACGAUAUUCUUGCUCAGUUUCUCAUACUGUUCCAACUACAUUCGGGUCGGCACGCUGGUGAUGCUCGUCCACGACUCCUCGGAUUUCCUCCUCGAGUCUGCCAAAAUGUUCAACUACGCCGGAUGGAAAAAAAUAUGUGAUCCAUUGUUUGUGAUUUUUGCUGUUGUAUUCCUGGUCACACGCCUGGUUGUGUUUCCGAGCAAGAUCAUCUACACCACUCUUGUUUUAUCUAUGGAAGCGUAUGAACCCUUUAUGGGAUAUUAUUUCUUCAACGUUCUGCUGAUGGUGCUGCAGGCCCUGCACAUUUACUGGGCUUAUCUUAUCCUCAAAAUGGUCUACAAGUUCCUGUUCUUUGGGAAGCUGGACAAGGAUGAACGCAGUGAUGUUGAGAGUGACCCAGAGGAGGAAGAAAAUGAGGAAGAGAAGGAAGAAGAUCAUUCUUCCUGGAGGAAGAGGAAUGUUGUGCUGGAUUCCAGACUGGCCAUGCUCAGCUCCAGCUGUGUCUUAAAUAACUUGACCCAUCAGAGAGCUGGCACAAACAGACGACUGCCUAAAGCUAGAUAGCAACAAUGAUGUACUUGUUUCAAAAUCAAAUGAGAAAGCUGAGGUGUGUCCCGUGUAUAAAUGAUCUUCUAUCUACAUUUUUCCAUCCUAAAUUGCAUUUACUUUAAGAAUGUUGCAGUGAGAACGUCCACUUUCAAAUACAUUGUGCUUAUCAGAGACUCAAUUGAGCACACAUUAUUAAACUGCAUCUGUGCUGUAAUUUCAUAUACACAAAUGACUAAAUAAAGGAUGAAAUAUUUUUGUGGGUGGGGUAGACUAUGGAUAUCUUAAUGUAUUUAAUGUUGCCUAAUUGCUUUGUUAAAAGAGCAGAAUUGAAUACUACUUCAUUAAUGAGAAUACUACUUGCUGAUAUGCAUUUAACUCAUAUAGGCAACUAUAAGAGAUCUGCACUGUAGUUCUAUAUCAUACACUAAUGUACGUCUCACAAAUGACAUCUUUGCAUAACUUAAAAUACGCUAUUUAUUGUGCACCAAUCUGAGAGCGUAAAUAUGUCAAAUGAAUGAUUUAUUUUGUAAAUAGAGCAACUGUAAGUUUAUGACGAUCACUGUGGUAUUUAUUUAUAAUAUAUUCUGGUAGAUUAUAUGAAUUAUGUUGUAAAACA